AUGACCCUAGACUUUACCUUCACCGUGGAAUUGGAAAAUACUGUCAAAAAAGACCGUGCUUCUAUUUUGCUUGACUUUACAAGAAUACAAUAUGGGGAUAUAUACAUCUCAGUAAUAGCUAAUUUGAUGAUAAAUAACAUAAUGGAUAGUAUUAGUGCUACAAAGACAAACAAUAAAAUAAGUUUUGAUUUGAAUGAAUAUCCAAUAGAAGAUAUUUUUAUAGAUAAUGGUUCUUCAGAAAUAAUUAGUGAGCAACUUGAUCAUAAUUUAGUGGAGAAUGUUGAGAAAGAAAACUCCAUUUUAAGUCUGAAUAAUGCAACAAAUGAAGAAGUCGAUAAAGACGGAACUGAGACAAAUUGUGUUCCAUUUGUUGGUCAAAUUUUUCUUAGUGAAGAAGAAGCCUAUGUCUUUUAUAAGAGAUAUGCUUAUCAACAAGGGUUCUCAAUUAAAAAAGGUAGAUUCGUAAAAAAGAAUGGGGUUAUUUGCAGACGUGAUAUUUUUUGUCAUCGUGAAGGUAAAGCAUCCUUGAAAAUAAUGGAACCAUCAAAAGAGCAGAGAAAUAGACAAUCCUCAAAGUGUGAAUGCAAAGCUCAUUUACGAAUCAAAUUACAAAAAUCUCAUGAUAUGUUUCCAACUGAGUGGCGAGUCACAUCGUUUAUUGUCGAACACAACCAUGGUUUGCUAACCCAAACAGAGGUGCGUUUUUUACCGGCUUAUCGAAUUAUCUUAGAAGAUGACCGUGAACGCAUUUUCUUAUUAAAAGAAGGUGGGCUUUCGGUUAGACAAAUAAUGCGGGUUAUAGAACUAGAGAAAAAUGUGAAGCAUGGUUAUCUUCCAUAUACUGAAAAGGACAUUCGCAAUCUUUAUGUGAAAGCUAAUAAAAAAAUUGAAGGAAGUGAUGUCAUGGAUCUUUUGAAGUAUUGUGAGGGUGCAAAAAAAACUUCCUCUAAAUUUCAAUAUGCUUAUACACUUGAUGAAGAAAGAAGGUUAGAGCAUAUUUUUUGGUCCUCGGCUUCUUGUUUUGAUUGGUACCAAAAAUACGGUGAUGUUGUUGUGUUUGAUACUACAUACAAGGUUAAUUCUUAUGAAAUGCCAUUUGGGAUUUUUGUGGGUAUGAAUAAUCAUGGAAAGACUGUACUUUUUGGAUGUGCACUCUUACGAAACGAAACGGUGUAUGCAUUUCGUUGGCUAAUGAAGACUUUUAUAUCUUUGAUGAAGAAGCCACCAACGACUAUACUAACCGAUCAAGAUCCAUGGAUGAAAGAAGCAAUCUCAAAAGAGUUUCCAUCGACAAAACAUAGUUUCUGCAUAUGGCACAUAACUUUCAAGUUUAGUUCUUGGUUUAAUGCUCUACUUCGAGACAAAUAUGCUAAAUGGUGUUCUGAAUUUUAUGAGUUGUAUAAGUUAGAGACAUGUGAAGAAUUUGAGCAUCAAUGGCCAGAAGUUGUUGCUAAGUAUAACUUGCAGUCAAAUAAACAUGUGAAAGGAUUGUAUGAAAUCAGAAAUUAUUGGGCACUCGCGUAUCUUCGUGAUCAUUUCUUUGGUGGAAUGACAACCACAGGAAGAUCGGAGAGUAUUAAUGCUUUCAUUAAAAGAUUCAUCAAUUCUCACACAAGUUUAACUGACUUUGCAAAGCAGGUUGAUGUAGCAAUUGAUGAUAUUAAGCAAAAAGAAGACCACGAUAUAAUGUUAGAGAAGUGCAAAGGAUCAAAUAUGAAGUUGAUGUCACCUUUACAAGAGCAAGCUCAAUGUGUUCUCACUCGUUUUUCUUUUCAAAAGUUUCAAGAGGAGUUUGCGAGGUCCUCACAAUAUUCAAUUGAUCAUGAAAAUGGUAAUGUGUUUGUCGUGCGGUUUUAUAAAGAUAUUAAUAGUAGGAAACAUGUAGUGUUUUGGGAUGGUAAGGUAGCUACAUGUAGUUGCAAGCUCUUUGAAUUUUGGGGGAUAUUAUGUCGUCAUAUUCUUAGUAUUUUUCUUCAUAAAGAUUGUCAUGAAAUCCCUUCUAACUACUUGCCUUCACGGUGGUUGCUUCAAGCAUCAUACGAUGAUAAUGAUGUGGAGUCUCAAGUUAAUGUUGUUGGUGAGGAGCAAGUACUAGAUUGUAACAAUGAACCUCAACCACAACAUGUUGUUCAUUGUCCUCCAAAAUCCAAACCUAAAGGUCGUCCCAAACGACGACGACUUAAAGGUGGAAAAGAGCUAUCACAUAAUAUGAACACUUGUGGAUUAUGCAGAGGUUUAGGACAUAACAUUGCCACAUGCCCACUUAAGGAAAAGAAAAAGGCAAACAAAAAAAAGAAAAUUUGUGACGAUUCAAAUUUAAAUCCAAUUCUCCUUCCAAAAGUUUAG